GGCUGUAGGGUUUUCAAAACCCCGCCCAUUCUCUUUAUCUAGUUAGCUAUUAGCCAUCGCGGCUAACGCCAGCUGUUCUGGACCUUUUCUCCUUAUAAAUUUCUUUGUUUGUGUCUCUGUCGUGUUUCUUUGUGAGAAGACUUUGAGAUGGUUGUGUUAAAUAGCAAUGACAAUGAGGAACAGGAUGUAAUCCUAAAUGAGCGGCGCUGCUCAUCUCUACCCAACUCUCCUGCAAAACGUGUUUCUCCAGCCAAAAAGAAGCAGUUCUUUAUUAACCAGGCCAUCCGUAACUCGGACCUCACUCCCAGAGCCAAGGGCAGGAAGAGUCUGCGACGACAGGAAAACACUCGUUUUCUGGACAGUCUUUUGGAACCGGAUGAAUGCUCUAAAGAGGAUGGUGAAGGGCAUGAAACAGCCUCGCCCACCAUCUUCACUGAAGCCUGCACCAAUGGAAACUAUGUGGAGUACUGGAGUGAUUUUAUGAAUCGUUCUGGGGAGGAGCAAGAGCGACUGUUGGCUCUGCUGGAGGAGGAGGCUCAAAGGACCCACUCUAACAAGAGCCAUAAAGACCAAAGAAAGGUAAAUCCUGCUCUCAGGGCUCAGGAAUGUUACCAGAGGAUUGAUCGAAGGCUGCGUGCGACGCUGAGACGCAGACAGAUUCCCAUGGGAGUGUUGGAAGGUCUGGAAUCCAGUCUGCUGGGAUUCUUCAUGGCACAUCCACACUCAAUUUACAUUACCAAACUCAGCAGCAGUUAUGAGCGACUGCUCUUUCAUGCCAUCUGCCAAUACAUGGAUCUGACCUCUGCUAGCUCUGACUGUAAUGGUGCUCGACAGACUGAGGUAGUCAACAAACAGGAAGAGUUCCUGCCUCCUCAGUCUCUGCUCUCUGCCUACCUGGAACAGAUGAGCUAAGCUGCUAUGAAUCCUGGCCACAACCAGUACCAUUGCUGUUCAUCCAGCCAGAACCGGCACCGCUGCCUCUUACCUGGCCAACAUGAACUGUGCGUGUGGCAUUAUGUCAUAGGACCUGACCUGCAGGCCUUGUCUUUUAGGAGAGACUGCCUAACUAGCGUGAUCACUGUACUCAGUGUCACUGUCUCUUUCAUUUACUUUUUAAAUGCAUUUUCUGAUGUUUUGGAGCACAUAUUAGUAGAUGUUACUAUAACUGUCUUUAUAAAUAAUCUGAUUCUUUUUCCAUGUUCCAGGCAGAAUUUUACUGUCAUGGCAUCUUUGUAUUCAAGUAGAAACAUAAUUGUGUAUGAACUCGAGAAUAUGAUUGAUAAUUGACAAUUAUUGUUUUUGAUGUUCAUGAUCUUAACAUAAAAAUUCACAGUCAAAAACCUACAACUCAGGCUCCUAAAAGGAUGACAUGUUCUAAAUCAGCACACAUAUCACAAAUCUCAUGAUGGUUAUGCAGUUAUUGUAUGUGUAUACCCGUACAAUGUGUUUAUUUUUACUGCACACAUACUGCACAACAUUUUACUAUUGACAUGCAUUUGAUUUGUGCAGACUUGUAAUUCUGCUCAUUUACUUUAGCCAGUCCUGCCUGACAAGAGGGAUCUGUAGUCCUUUUAUAUCCAGCAUUCUAUAACAUGAAUUUGAGUAAAACAGUACUUGUUUGUUAAUCUGCAGUUAUCAGGUGUCACACACUUCUUUUUUUUUUCCUGUUAAGGAUCUGCCAACAUGCACUUAAAACUGCCUUACCUGUACAUGCCAUAUUUGUCAGUUUUGCUUUUUCGUAUUUAUAUAUUGAGCCUUUACAUCAAGGUUAUUUGGUUUACAUACACGGGAAAUCUUUUGAUGUUUUAUACCAUCAAGGGUCUUGAGACACUUGAGCAGUUCUUGCAUUGGUGUUUAUAACCAAAGUGUGUGUGUGUGUGUAUAGUGCUGAUUCUCAGGCAUCACCCUUCAUGAAUGUGGACUUUUACAUUACUCUCAAUCACCUAAAAACAGGUGUGUUGAACCCUUUUGCGACGAAGAGUUAGCUUUUUAGAAUAAUAUUUAUACUUUUGUGCCAAUAUUUGAGUUUAAUGCUAUUUAUACACCAUGGUGGCAGAACAUGAAUACACACCAUAGAGCGCUUCAUUGUAUUUAGUUUUGUCUGUUGCUAGUACCUGUUAAAAUGGUAUCAAUCUUUUAACUGAGAUCAUAUUGUGUGAUUAUUUUAUGGAUCGAAAUGCAAGUCAUGUGGACAUAACCAUGAAAAUAAAAACGUUCUGGUAAA